AUGCCCACCUCUCGCAGCAGGCCCCGCCCCGCGCAGCAGGCCCCGCCUCCGGCCCGGGAGUGCGCGGCGGUGGGGCUCCGGGCGGGAGAGCCUUCCCCGGGGGCGGCAGCCCGCCUUCCGACACGGUCCGCGGGGGCUGCGGCGGCCGUGCUCCCGCGAGCGGGGCGGGAGCCUCGGCGGAGGCGGCGGAGGAGAAGGAGGUGGAGGAGGGAGCUCGCUCCGUCUAUCCCUCCGUGCGAUGCGCUAAGGCGGCCGCCCAUGGAGCUGCUCCCGCCGCCUCCUCCGCCUCCGCCGCCCGGGCUCCUGCUGCUCCUGCUCCUGCAAGCGAGCGGUCCCGCCGCCGCCCUGUCCGAGCCGCUCCCGCCCGGCCCCGGGGAGAUGGAGGGCGGCGCCUCCCCGCUGGAGGACGGCCGCCUGCCCGUCUUCACCUUGGACUACCCCCACGUGCAGAUCCCCUUCGAGAUCACCCUCUGGAUCCUGCUUGCCUCCUUGGCCAAGAUCGGCUUCCAUCUGUAUCACAAGUUGCCCACUAUAGUGCCUGAAAGCUGCCUUCUUAUCCUGGUCGGGAUUCUCCUGGGGGGAAUCAUUUUUGGAGUGGAUGAAAAAUCUCCACCUGCCAUGAAGACCGAUGUGUUUUUCUUGUAUCUCCUUCCUCCCAUCGUGCUUGAUGCGGGAUAUUUUAUGCCCACCCGCCCUUUCUUUGAGAAUAUUGGAACUAUCUUUUGGUAUGCAGUCAUGGGGACACUCUGGAAUUCUAUUGGCAUUGGAAUAUCCCUGUUUGGGAUUUGCCAGAUCGAAGCCUUUGGUUUGAAUGACAUCACUUUUCUGCAAAGCCUUCUCUUUGGCAGUUUAAUUUCAGCUGUGGAUCCUGUAGCUGUACUUGCUGUUUUUGAAAACAUUCAUGUCAACGAACAACUUUACAUCUUGGUCUUUGGAGAGUCACUGUUGAACGAUGCAGUAACUGUGGUCCUGUACAAUUUGUUCAAGUCUUUUUGCCAGAUGACCACAAUUAAGACCAUUGAUAUAUUCGCUGGAUUUGCAAACUUCUUUGUGGUGGGAAUCGGUGGGGUAUUGAUUGGAAUCUUUUUGGGAUUUAUUGCAGCAUUUACUACCCGUUUCACUCACAAUAUCCGAGUGAUUGAGCCACUUUUUGUCUUCCUGUACAGUUACUUAUCAUACAUAACUGCAGAAAUGUUUCACCUCUCAGGCAUCAUGGCUAUUACAGCUUGUGCUAUGACUAUGAAUAAGUACGUGGAAGAGAAUGUGUCCCAAAAGUCCUAUACCACCAUCAAGUACUUCAUGAAGAUGCUAAGCAGUGUCAGCGAAACCCUGAUCUUUAUCUUCAUGGGUGUGUCCACAGUUGGAAAAAACCACGAGUGGAACUGGGCUUUUGUCAGUUUCACCCUCGCCUUCUGUUUAAUCUACCGGGCACUAGGUGUCUUUAUCUUGACAAGGGUGAUUAACUGUUUUCGAACCAUCCCUCUGACAUUCAAGGAUCAGUUCAUUAUUGCUUAUGGAGGACUCAGAGGAGCCAUCUGUUUUUCUCUGGUGUUUCUGCUUCCGGCAACAGUCUUCCCCCGGAAAAAGUUAUUCAUUACAGCUGCUAUUGUAGUGAUAUUCUUUACGGUCUUCAUUCAGGGAAUCACUAUUCGUCCAUUGGUGGAGUUCCUGGAUGUUAAGAGAUCAAAUAAAAAGCAGCCAGCAGUCAGUGAAGAAAUACAUUGUCGGUUUUUUGAUCAUGUGAAGACUGGAAUUGAAGAUGUGUGUGGACAUUGGGGUCACAACUUUUGGAGAGACAAGUUUAAAAAGUUUGAUGAUAAAUAUCUGCGGAGGCUUCUGAUUCGAGAAAACCAACCCAAAUCCAGCAUUGUUUCCCUGUACAAAAAGCUAGAAAUCAAACAUGCUAUAGAAAUGGCAGAGACUGGCAUGAUUAGCGCAGUACCGUCCUUCGCUUCUCUAAAUGAUUACCCGGACGAAAAAAUAAGAAAACUCACCCCUGUUGAAAUGGAUGAGAUGAGACAAAUAUUAUCCCGGAAUCUCUACCAAAUAAGGCAACGAACGCUGUCCUACAACAGACACAAUCUCAGCACCGACACAAGCGAGAGACAAGCCAAAGAGAUCCUCAUCCGCCGCCGGCACAGCCUGAGGGAAAGCAUAAAGAAAGACAACAGUUUGAAUCGGGAAAGACGGGCUUCUGCUUCCACUUCACGAUAUCUUUCACUCCCUAAGAAUGCCAAAUUUUCUGAGAGGUUUCAGAGGAAAAAUAAUAUGCCUCAUUCAGUGACAGAGGGCACCAGCAGUGACUCCGAACCAGACGCCGGAACCACGAUGCUCAAUUUACAGCCACGAGCCAGGCGCUUCCUGAUGGAUCAGCACCAGAAGCGGGCACAGGCACAAUCCCAGAUGGAAUGGAGGAAUGAAGUGGCUGGAGAUGCUGGCAGAGGGCAGCCCUCCGAUGCCCCUUCCCCUCGGGGCCCCGCCGUCCGAGCUCCGGGUCCCGAUGGGCUCCGCCAGCCCCUCCUGACCAAGACCCGAUUCGGCACGGUCCAAGAAGAAGGUCUGGCCGAAGGGACCAGACCCGUGCCUCCGCCCCGGCUGGCAAGACAGGCGUCGGAGCUGGAAAGUCCCCCAGCCAGAAGUGGAAGUGAAAAGCCAUAGGGGAGAAGAGCCAGGGUGGAACCCUGGGGACUGGUUUAGCCAGCUGGUAGCGUAGUACGCGGAAACCUUAACGUGCAAUUGAAUCCACUGGAAACCCGCGACGCGGAUUGAAACGUUCUCUGGGCAGCCGAGCCAUGGAUGAGUGGGAAGAGGGGAAAACCAUGGACGGCUCUUGUUUAGCUCGCUUCAAACAGUGGCAUUUAUUUCCAGACCUAAGAAAAAUAACGUGCCUUUACUGAUUCUGGAAGAGAAUUCCAGAGUGAAGAGUUUGGAUUUUUUUUUUAAACACCAUUUAUGGAAGAAUGCUUAAAACUCUGCUUCAGUUUAGGUUUGGCUUAAGAACAGACUCACCUUUUCAAUUCCCAGAGUCCAUAAGAAUGGCGUAAAAGACCCGGCACUGGUCUUCUGAAAAAAAGGGCCUGGCAGUGCAGGACUAGUUUUGCCCUGAGACCAAAUCAUCGGUCUGAAAUCUCCCCAUGUUCUGUAGGGCAGUGGAGGAAAACAAGGGAUAGACAUGGAGUGGCCAACAGUAAUGUUAUAUCUCUGAAUUGAGGAAAGACGGAGCUCUCUUGUAGAGGAUUGUUUUGGGGGGCAACCCACGUUGGUCUAAGUACAAACCAUUGAGUUUCUUGAUCCUAGGAAAUGGAGAAUUGUCAAUAUUCCCAGACUCAUUUCUUAGCCAACCAUUUGGGGUUGUACUCUAAGCUGAAAAUUUUGGCACCUUUUCUGCCCCUCUCAGGUACCUGAUGCCAGUUGAUUAGGGUAGGCCAUUUAGGUCUAACUUCCUUCUCAGCAACUCCAUGUAAGAUUGUCCAUCGUGCCAUAUGGGAGCAGGGUGUCACACGGCCUCAUGUGUUUUCAGGAUCCUGGUUAGUUUUAUCGUGCAACAUCAAGAAGGGUUCAGACAGUCCUACAUCUCGUCCACUCUCACGUUUGAAGAGAAUUUCCAUUCUCUGUGCUCAGAGACCUUGAAUUGAUGUCUAGGAACCUGGGUUUAGAAGACUUCACAGAAGCGUGGGAGGCCACAGGGGAUCAGGAGUUUUAAGAACUAGGAUAUUAAGUUGAUGGGGAUUGACUCCAAUCAAUCAAUCAGUGGUAUUUAUUGAGUGCUUACUGUGUGCAGAGCAUUGUACUAAAUGCUUGGGA